AUGACGGUGAUGGGCAUGCCUUGCCUGCAUUGGCAUCCAACAGUAGGCCAUAAGUUCCAUAUUAGCGUUCCCAUGUUCUCCAUCCUGUGCACAGCGAUUUGGACGCUCACAUCCAAUUCGUGGAAGGAUGCGCUUCCCGCGGAUAUCUACCUCGAGGAAUCGUUACAUCUCAUGACAGUCCCUUUAGCGAAGGACGGGGGAAUGACCCAGUGGGUGCUGGUGGAUAAGAACCUCCCACGAGAGCGAAGGCCCCUCCUGGCUUCUUGCGAAACAUUUCGUAAACGCUCCUGGGUCAGCGAUAAAUAUGGAAAUGUUGCUGAGUUCAUUACCCACGGAGUUGCCAGUGUCUAUUGUGACCCCCGAUAUCGUGGUCGGGGUUAUGCCUCACGACUGAUGAAAGAACUGGCUGAGGUGCUACCCAAAUGGCAAACAGCCAAAACCAAAGAAUGUAUCGCCAGCGUCCUAUUUUCAGAUAUCGGCAGGCGAUUCUACACAAACCUCAAAUGGUAUGCCUUUCCAAGCUAUCAUGUUGAGUUCCCUCCGUGGGUACCGUCAGCUGGGGCAUCGCCAACUGCGACGCCGCUAUUCGCAGGUGAUCUCGCGAAGCUCUGCAAACAGGACGAGGCACUCGCUCUGAAGACGAUGGCUACACCGCGCCCAUAUAAUGAAAAAACGCGCUUCAUGAUCGUGCCAGAUCACGAUCACAUGCUCUGGCAUCAUGCAAAAGAAGAGUUUGCCGCUAAGGUCCUCCUCAACUUGCAACCGCAGGUAAAAGGUGCGAUUUCUGGAGAGCGUGGGAAUCGUAUCUGGGCGAUCUGGACGCACCGGUUCUACGAAUCUCCCCAGAACACAAUAUCCAACAACACUCUCUAUAUCCUGCGACUUGUAAUCGAAAACCAGAAUGCUCUAAACAAUAUCACGGUGAAGUAUGAUUUACAAGUGGCGGGGCUGAGGGCCGUGAUUCUUGCUGCGCAAAAAGAAGCUGCGGAGUGGAAUCUGGAAUAUGUAAAAUUAUGGAGCCCUUCUCCUCAGGUCCAGGAAUUGAUCAAACAAACUGGUAUCGCGUAUCGAGGAGAAGACCGUGAAGAAGAAGGUAUAUGUAGUCUGCGAUGGUUCGGGAAAAAGGGAGACACGGCGCCCGCAGUAGAAUGGGUUGGGAACGAGAAGUAUGGAUGGUGUUGA